AUGAGCACAGCUGAGUCUGGUGAACUGUUGGUCAGAAAAAUCAAAAACCUAUUUCCUAAGAAGACUCUUAACAGCGCCACCAUCCUUGUUCUUGUCAAUGCAGUCUAUUUCAAAGGGCAAUGGGAGAAGAAAUUUAAUAAAGAAUAUACUAAAGAGGGAAAAUUUUGGCUAAACAAGGGCACCAGCAAAUCUGUACAGAUGAUGAAUCAAAGAAAAUCCUUUAAUUUUGCCUUACUGGAGGAUGUGCAGGCUAAAGUUCUGGAAAUACCAUACAAAGGGGAAGACCUAAGCAUGAUUGUGCUGCUGCCAAAUGAAAUAGAUGGUCUGCAGAAGCUUGAAGAUAAACUCACUGCUGAGAAAUUGAUAGAAUGGACAAGCUCACAGAAUAUGAGCAAGAGAGAAGUGGAUCUAUACUUACCUCGGUUCAAGGUGGAAGAGAGCUAUGAC